AUGGAGCCGGAGAAUCGAAGAAAUAAUAAUAAUUGCCGGUGGUCAACAUCGACGGAUGACAUAUCUAUAGAGAAUCCGAUUAAGUGUACCGGAAAAUGUUGCCGGUCGUGUUCGGCGGGGAUAAUAGCCGAUUGUGUUGCUAUUUGUUGUUGCCCAUUAGCUGUAGUAAGUUUUCUUGCUUUUGCAUUGGUGAAGGCGCCGGUGAUGAUUGGCCGGAGAUGCUUAGGGUUAGGAAAGAAUGGGAAGAGGAGUCGACGGAGGCGGGAGGAAAGGAAGAAGAAUAAGAAGAUGAAUAGAAUAUGUGAGAGCGUGGAUGGUGGGAGUGAGUGUAUUGGGGAGGAUAUGAAUGGAAUUUCUGGAGUUUGGAGAGUUGAAGAAGGAUCAUCGGAAAUUGUAUUUGAUUUUGGAGUAGAAGAAGAAGAUGACAAUUUGAGUGGCAGAUUUGAAGGAGAUAGGAUUUGGUUGGAAUUGCAUCAGCUAGGUCAUCUCAGUUUUGGUAGGCUUUCCUUCACUGGAAUUCCUUCUCUUGGUAAGGCCAACUAGGGAAAAAACAACUUCUUCUUUUUGUAUU